UGGCAGAGCACAGCAUCGGCUCGUUCGGCAGAUCCGUGCGCCGGAGCACUCUUGCAGACCGCGCUUCCUCCACACAGCGCGGGAAAUGUUCGCAGGAGCGGACUGGGAAGGGGAGGGGAGAGGGGGCGGAGGGCCCCGACGUUUUCGCUUGCUGUCACGACGUGGGCCCCCCCGCGCGCCUUUGCCCUCCAGGGGCCAGCUCUUCACCCGGAGACGUUCUGCGACAGGCCCCAAGCACUGAUCAGGGAUCCCAGGAGCAAAAAACCUUGCGGAAUGCUGUCGCGACGCGAGGGGUGACUUGCGGGGGAGGGCAGCGGCAGGGGAAGCCGCAUGCCGCCAGGAGCCGUGGGUAGUCGCCUCCAAGAUCGCGAUGGACCAGACUAUUUUUGCAUUCGUGUUGAACGGCCUUUACGCGUUGUUCGUCGGAUUCCUCGCGUCUAAGCCGUUGAACGAGGUGGUGCAACGGACGAAGGACGACACCAUCGGGCCCUCCAUGUUGUCCAGCUGGCGCUUCUGGCCCUUCGUGCACAUGGUCACCUACUCGCCGCUCAUGCCACUCGAGUUCAAGGUGCUCUGGAACGACGUGGCCGAGAUCGCCUGGGUCACGAUCCUGUCCCUCAUCGCCAAUGGCGAGACAACCCGGGCUCGCAGAAAGUGGUCAUCACAGAGGACCUCGGAGUCAUGCCAGAGGUCGAAAUCGAGAUGGUCUCGAGGCUGGAGAAGGCUCCGGAGUCCUCGCCGUGGUCUGAAGCCGACCGGCCCUGAGGGAAGCGGGGGGGUCUGGGCUCGUCCUUCGCAGUGAAGAGGAAGGCCGUGAAUGGGCGUUCGCCUCGUCGCAGUGGGAGAGGGGCGGCGCUCGUAUGUCUCGCGGUGCAGACGGGGGGCCCUUCUGUCGCACUGGCGAGGGGAGGCCUGCAGGGGCUUUGAGGGGCGGACGUUGGGCCGGGAGGCCAGUGCUGCAGCACCGUGGGUGCAUCGUGGGCUCGCUCUGGUCCUCGUCCGUAUGCCCCUGCACCCUCCCCCGCCCUCCUUCGAGGAUCAAAUGCACGUGCCUCUGCAUGCUAUGCUUUGGCUUGGUUUUCGCAAAGGGGCAGGCUCGUGCCGUAAGCCGGCCAUCCUUGUUCAGCGCACGCUAAAUGUUUAAGACAAGUGCGCCAUGCUCAGACUACCAUGGAGUGGUAGAAUGUCUUGCAACAGUCGCGGAGGCAUGGAGUCCGCCUGCCAUGGAGAGUUGGAGCGUGUCUAGCAUAAUUCGUCUGAGUGCGGAUGUCGUGGAUCAUCCCAUUUGGAAGUUUACGUUCCCAAUGCGAACGAGAAAGCCUCACCGAGGCCAGCAACCACCAGAAGUGUUGUUUUAUUGCCCCUCACCCAAGCUUGCGGGUUGGGUGGGUGGGAAACGACGGGGGACGAUUGCACGAUGCUUGCGCAUCCGUUUUUCAAGGCAUGCUGGGCAGGAGGCUCGCCGUAACGCAUGCUCAUCUGCCUGGGUUUAGACCACGGCAGGGUGCAGCUCGAGCGUCGUCUGAUUUCCAGGUUGCAGCCAAUGCCGGCAUGUUGUUGACACCCCAUGCCAAUCGGAUGUCGGAACCAUGAUGCGUCGCGCAAGGCGUGUGAUUCCGGCUCCCGUCUUCCCUCCACCAUCUCCCCUUUUCUUGUCUUCAUGCCCUACGAUCGUCAUUGUCCCUUCCACUUUCCCCGAUCCUCGUUCUCCCCAUCGAUCCUAUUUUCUUGCCCUCCCGCUGGGCAACGCCCAAGGAGGACCUCUUUGUCUCUCCGCGAUGAGUGCGCUCAGUCGUUGCAUCCUCGGGCAGUUUUCGCCAGCACACGGAUACCGAACUCAGAUAGAGUUCACAGACUCGCUGCCGGCUCCGACCACCCCGUGGAUCUCUUGGAAAA